AAAACAUGAAGCUUUUUUAAAGAUUUCGUUUUUAAAAUAAUUAAAAUAUAUUUUUAAAUAUUUUUUGAAUAAAUCUUAAGGUUUUUUGAAGCAGCAAAGAAAGUCUGGUGCCAGUAAUUUAUCCAAAAGCGUGUUGGAAAUCUGUAUCAUGUUCUAUCCAUUUUUUCAGUGAGUUUUUUUCAGGAAAGCAGUACAGGAGUGGCAGAGAUCAGGUGCCUUUGUAAACCUGUGUCCAGUCCACAUGAUGCCCUCCAGAAGAACAUAAUCAUGUCGUGCAAGUGAAAAAAGCCAAAGGAACGGAUUUUUCAGGAAUGGUAACGCCUAGGAAAUAGUCCUGGAGGCAUUGUGCAGGCAUGGAUGUGUGUGGUAAGGAAUAUUUAUCCCAUUAUCUGUGAGCCACUCCAUUGUGGAAGAACCACAAUGUCUUCCAAUCAGCCAGUGUCCACAAAAUCCAAGCCUGGCUCCCCUGGAAUAUCCGUUAGCAAACUCCAGGGGUUCAGCUGGGCUCGUGCACAUUUGGGCUUGAAGAAAAGCAGACAGACACAAAAUGUGAAUAUAGAUAAUGAGGAGACUUGGACAUUAAGAAACACACUGUACUGUAGAUUAUGUGGCACUUUAAUGAACUCUGCACUCAUGCACCACUUUGAAAAAUAGUUACUGUAAAGCAGAAUUGCUCCAACUGUGAUCAGUCGGGUCAUAACUCAGUCCCUGGGUGAUUCAUUGGAGGUUCAGGGAGAACUGAUGGGCUAAAGAUGCUUUCUCUGCUCAUUACCAUUGGAAAAUAUUAUGUUUUCCAUACAAGCAAUUGCUGUAGUGCCCCAGGGAAGGAGUGAGAUUGGGCCAGGAGGGCGUAUUUCUCUUCGGGAAGAACAUUUUGGAAAGCUGCUGUUCUGUAUGUCCAUAUUUAUCUUGGGUUACACAUGAGUGAUUACACAUAGAUUUUUUUUUUUCCUCCUAGUAAUUCAUGAAACAAUCCACAGGAAGCAUGAGAACGUGCUGGUUUUAAGCAUUAAAAAGAGUUGUUCAUUUAAAUGAGAAACAAACAAAACAGUUUCUCCUACACCCAAUAAUUAACACUGAAGAAUUAGCCUUGAGGUGAGCACUGACUGCAUCUUUAGAGAGCUUUACUGAAACAGCAGCUAGAAAGUAAAUUCCAGUAAGGAGCUAUUUUAUAUCUAGUGGCAGCUAAAAAUAUGGUUACUUCUGUUCUUGGAGGAAAUAGGACUCUGCUGAAAGCCAAUCUACCUGAACCCAACACACUCCUCUCCGUGGAGAAAUGCUCUAAUUCCAUGACUGCUCUGAACAUCCCCACACAACAGGGUUUGAAACCAGCAGCUCUUUCAGAGAGGGCUGGGAGAGGCAAAGGGAGCAAAAUGAAUGGUGGUAUUUACAUUAAAUUCAGCUCUUACAAGAAGUGUUUUCCUGCAAGGAAAGAGGGCUCUAUCCCUGCAGUUUCAUUCUUUUGAUCCCGUGGAUAUUUUUUGAGUGCUUAACCCUUAGGAUCGUGUUCACUUUUUGCUCCCAGGCUCUGUAAGAUGGUGCCAAGGCCCCUCUGCUGAUGCCUGGCUGUGCUCCUUCACCAUCUAGAGAUGAAGGCCAGCAGGAUGCAAGUUUGUCUGAUCCUCCUUUGGACAGCCCACUCAGUUCAGCCCAACACACCCCAAGCUGCACGAGUUCAGGUUUUCCCACCUGUUAACUUCACCCUUACAGUCUCUGCAUUAGCACAAGUCCUGUUACACUGGGAACCAAACCCUGCUCAAGACCAAAAAAAUGACACCAUUAGAUAUGAUGUGAAAAUCCUCAGCCCUGUGCCUGAAGAGUAUGACACCAGGAAGACCCACAGUGUCCGAACGGUCGCGCUCCACGACGGCUUCUCCGCGCACGUCCGGACGCUGCUUCUCCACAACGACCUUCAGAUGAGAAGUGAGUGGGUGCAGGAAAACCUCCCACCUCUGCCAGGUGCUCCGGAGACAUCCAUCACCAAUUUGUCCUGUGUCACUCACCUCACCGUUUCUGGGACUGUCUCUCUGAGCUGCUCUUGGCUUCCUGGCCCAGGGGCACCACAAGAUACCGAGUACUUUCUGUUUUACAGGUACAAGAACCACACUGAGGAAUGUCCCCAUUAUGCCAAAGACAAGCGGGCCAGGAAUUCUGGCUGCAGCUUUCCAGGGACUCACAUUGAUCCCCAGGAGGCUGAAGAUCUCGUAAUCCACAUUAAUGGGUCCAGCAAACGUGCUGCAAUCAAGCCUUUUCAGCAGUUAUUUAACCCAAAUGCCAUUGAGAAAGUGAAUGUUCCCAGAAAUAUCACUGUAUCCUUGGAGGAAAACCAUCUCCUGGCCACUUGGGAGAAGCCAAUUUCUCUUUUCCACGAGGAAUGCUUUGAAUAUGAAUUUUACCUCGUCAACCUGAAGUCAGGUAACAAGCAGAUAUUGAAAUUAUCCUCAAACAAAUUCCGCUUGAGGAUUGAUGUCACCAGCAGAUAUUCCAUCCAGAUCAGAGCUAAUCAUCACACGUGGUGUAUGAGAGGACUUUGGAGUGACUGGAGUGAAGUUAUUUAUGUUGGGCAAAACAAACUGGAGAAUUCUGUGGCCUGGAUUCUCUCUGUGCUUUGUGUGUCCACGUCCUGCACAUUCCUGCUUGUUGCUUUAAUAUGCAAAAUAAACCGUGUCUGGAGCAAACUGUUUCCACCAAUCCCAACACCCAGCAACAAAUUCCCAGAUCCCUUCCCAGUCGACUACGAGAGGGCCCGGACCUGCACCAGCGACACGGAGACCGAGUUCAGCAGCUUGGCUGAAGAUCUUUACUGCAGAGCCCUGGAUGAUUCUGUCUUCUGAGAGGCUGCUCCAUGUCACCAUGUCCACAUUCCCAACAGGAAGGAAGACUUGUUUCCCCUUGCUUCCAUGAGCUGCUGAACGCAAAGUCCCGGUUGAAACAGGAUAUAAGCAAAUGGCACAAGGGCUGUGUAGUCUGGAAAAGAGCUAAUGGCUUUUUUUUUUCUGGCUGGCAGCUUAAUCUUUUGGAUAUUUGUUUUAACUAACUUUGACAACUUAAGAUGCAAAACGCAAACUGGGACUUGGCACGGCCCUGGGAAUGGCAGCAAGGCACCCAGCCAUGGUCCUGGUGGAGACCAAGGUGGGUCAAACAUUAGGAAAAGAAUUAAAGGAGCUGUGAAGCCUCCCAGUGCUCUCAUCCCUGGUGCUGUAGCAAGUCCAGCAUGAGAGUGGGAUCCACGUUUGGCCUCACUGAUACACUUUGUAAUAAACAGUCUGAAUUUCAAUCUGGAAAGCCUCCAUGGAAAUGCAAUUCCUUGCUAAAGGCAGGGCUGUUUGUGCUCUGGGUGAGCCCUCAGGGUGCAGCCAGGCCACUCCUGUGUGGGGACUGGGGGUGGGGUGGCCAGGCCAUGUAUGACAUACAGUGUCCCCUGCACUGCUCAGAGGUACCCAAGUCCUGCUUUUUAGUAACCACAGCACCAAUUUUGGAUGCGGGGAGACAUCUCUCUCAUCUGCAGGACUUUACAAACCCCAAACCCUCUGAAUUUUAUAGGCUAUUUAGGACAAGGUUAGUUUGAUGUCUACCUGAUGCAUGGUUAGAGUUUGGUUACUGUUGUGUGCAAAGCUGACAUCUUGUCUGCUACUUCUCUACACUCAGGUAGCACAUUUCAGUAUAAAACAAGAGCUUUGCCUGGUUUUCUUACCCUUCUG